GGAGACAUUUAUUUGUUGGCUGAUGUGCUUCCAGUAUGCUGAUCCUGUGGCUGACCUGCUGGACAAAUGGGGUGUCUUCCGGGCACGGUUAUUCCGGGAGUCGUGCGUCUUCUACCGAGGAAACUACGUCAAAGACCUUGGUCGGCUGGGCCGGGACCUGCACCGGGUGGUGAUAAUUGACAACUCGCCGGCCUCAUACAUCUUCCAUCCCGACAAUGCAGUGCCUGUUGGCUCGUGGUUCGACGACAUGUCGGACACGGAGCUGCGAGACCUGAUGCCGUUCUUCGACAAGCUGAGCCGCGUCGAGGACGUGUACACGGUGCUGCGCAACUCCAACAAUGCGGCUGGUGGUGGCGGCGGCUCCCCGGCCUUCCCUGCACCGCUGAUGAUGAAUGGCAGCGCAGCGGCUCUGCACAGCAGCGGUUCCUAGCAUUCCGCACAGUAAAAUGCUCCCUGUCUUGUGCAAUAGCCCCCUCCCUUCUCCGCCGGCAGUACAAAAGCGCUUACGGGUCCCGUGCUAGUCUUUGAAAGACUCUUGCCGCCCCGGGCAGCGGCCUACUUAACGUCGGAGGGGGGGGGCUGCCCCUUUGUGCCUUGUCUCUUCCCCGGUGGAGAGUUUGUAUAAUAACGGUGUUCCAUAAUCUCACCUGUAUCAUAGAUUAAAGACGACUAUUUCAGCUUGCA